CUCCAGACGACGAGUGUUUCCAGCUCAAAUAUCUUUUAACAACAUCACGUUGUGGAAUAGUCUGGCGCCAGAGCAUCGCUGGAACCAUGCCUCAUCUGCAGAUUUGGACUGGGAAAUUUCAUCCACCAAUUUGAUCAUCGAGAGGCUGCUGCUCGGUCAUUCAUGCCAGUGUUUGUUUGUUCUUUUGUUUUGUUUCUUUGUUUUUAAGGGGAAAAACACUUGUCAUCACUUUUAAAAGUAAUAGGUAUGCCGUUUUUUUUGAGCAAGAUGUCUGAUCUUCUGGUGUUGGUCGAGGGGCUCUGUGACCUGCACGGAUUUCCAUAGCCGGGGAAAAAAAAAAAAAAAAAAAAAGCGGGGGCCAAUUACGAGAUUUUGAAACUCGAGAAGCGUAUUUUAAUGAAGACAUCGCAUGCAUAGAUGUAGGCUAGUUUUUUCGACAUUUUUAAAAGGCAAUUAUUUUUUGAUUGCCAAUUUUUACUUUGUGCAUUUUCGGGAGGACCACUGGACUGGUUGGAUUAUAGAAACUAUAUAGAAGGAUUUGUGGAGAUGUUGGGUCGUCAAGAAAAUAAAUUAUGUGGAAUUUUCUCUGCUCUGGCGGCUUUGUCCUUCGUAUGCUUUGUUCAAAGCUCCUCCACUGGAAGCGCCGGAAUGUCUGUGGCCAAGACCACCGUGGACAAGUUGCUGAAGGGAUAUGACAUCCGUUUAAGGCCUGAUUUUGGAGGUCCUCCAGUUGUCGUGGGAAUGAGCAUCAACAUAGCGAGCAUUGACUCCAUCUCAGAAGUAAACAUGGACUACACCAUCACAAUGUAUUUCCAGCAGAGCUGGCGAGAUAAACGUUUGGCCUAUGGCGAGUUGAACCUAAACCUAACUCUGGACAACCGUGUAGCAGACCAGCUUUGGCUUCCUGACACCUACUUCCUUAAUGACAAGAAGUCCUUUCUUCAUGGUGUGACAGUAAAAAACCGCAUGAUCCGACUGCACCCUGAUGGCACCGUCCUAUAUGGAUUGAGGAUAACCACUACUGCUGCUUGCAUGAUGGACUUAAGGAGGUACCCGCUUGAUGAACAGAACUGCACCCUGGAAAUUGAAAGCUAUGGAUAUACCACAGACGACAUUGUAUUCUUCUGGGAAGGAGGAGACAACGCUGUUACAGGCGUUGACAAGUUAGAGUUACCUCAGUUCUCCAUUGUGGCCACCCGCUUGGUGUCAAAGGAGGUCAUCUUUACUACAGGUGCAUAUCCAAGGCUUUCACUGAGUUUUAGGAUUAAGAGGAACAUUGGAUAUUUCAUCUUGCAGACAUAUAUGCCCUCCAUUUUGAUCACCAUCCUCUCCUGGGUCUCCUUCUGGAUCAAUUACGAUGCCUCUGCAGCUCGGGUGGCCCUGGGUGUGACAACGGUGCUUACCAUGACCACAAUUAACACCCACCUUAGGGAGACUCUCCCAAAGAUCCCAUAUGUGAAAGCCAUCGACGUCUACCUCAUGGGCUGUUUUGUGUUUGUGUUCCUGGCCCUGCUUGAAUAUGCCUUUGUAAAUUACGUGUUCUUUGGUCGGGGCCCCGCGCAACAGAAGAAACUCAGCGAGAGGCUGAACAAAUCCAACAAUGAGCGCACAAGAUACGAAGAGAAGCGCCUGAGGGAACAGGACUCCAUUUCCGUGCCGUUUCAAACCAACACCUUCAGGUCAUUUACACAGCGAAGAAAUCUGUAUCUCGAGGAACAAAGAAAAGUUGGGGUGGAUGCUUAUGGAAACAUCCUCCUCACCACACUGGAGAUGAACAACGAAGUGAUGCCUUCUGACGUGGGGAGCAGCGUCAGUGACUCUCGGAAUUCGGUCAUGUCCUUUGACAGCUCCGGGGUCCAAUUCAGGAAGCCCAUGGCUCCCCGAGAUGGCUUCAGCCACCACUCGCUGGAUCGGAGCGCCAUGCGGAGCAGGGCCAACUGUCGGCUACGACGACGCUCCUCCAAGCUCAAGUUGAAAAUCCCAAACCUGUCAGAUGUUAGCACCAUUGACAAGUGGUCCCGGGUCAUUUUCCCUAUCACCUUUGGAUUUUUCAACCUAAUCUACUGGUUGUACUAUGUGAAAUGAUGUGCAUCCCACAAGGAAUCAUGGGCCAUAUUUUGAGAGCACAUUAAAUUGGCUUUGAUACAGUUCCAAAAUAUGUAUACACAUAUACAAGUUGAACAUAUGUAUAUGCAUAUUUCUAUAUAUUAUAUUUAUAUAUACACAUGUGAAAUCCGAAAGACCUUUCUGCUGUACAAAGUAUUAAUAGGAUGACUUGAAUGUUUAAGAAUAAUUGUGAAAGAAGAAUUUCAAGGCUUUGAGUUUCUUUUUCCUGCUGAAACGAACAAACAAACAUGAGAUCCCAUCAGGGGGGUUUUGGAACUAAAGACUGCAUGAUAUUUUUGCUAAAAAAAAAAAAAAAAAAAAAAAGAAAAGAAAAAAGAGAAGAAAAAAGAGAAA